CGAACUUUCUAUAUAUAGUAACUUGCCACCCAAAUUCACAUUCCCCAAAAAAAUUCUCAUUUUUUGCUUUCUCCGCCACCAUCUACCCUCUUGGAUCUCACAUAGAAUCUUGAAAUCAUACCCAUUUCACCAUCUUUAAUUUCUGCAAAAAUUGCUGUCAAAAAUUGAAUCUUGUUAAAGGUAGCAGAUUUUUGGGUUCUUCAUACCUUACUGUACCAACAAUCAAAGAUUCACAGUAAUUUUUUUUUAGAAGGAAUAAGUUAUGGUAUCAUCAUCUGAGGCUGUCAGAGAAAGAGUUGGAAGAAAAGGGGGUGGUGGUAAUGGGAGUGAAGGAGUGAGGAAAUUGCUGUUAGGGUUAGGGUUCUUGGUGCAGGGAUUCAGGUGUUUCCCUUGGAUGGCAGUUAAUUUCUUUCUAAAAGAUGGCCUUAAGGUUGACCCAUCUACCUUACAAAUCCUACAGUGUUCUGCCAAUUUGCCAAUGGUGGCUAAGCCCUUCUAUGGAAUUCUGUCUGAUUCUUUUUACAUUUUUGGACAGCAUCGUGUUCCUUACAUUGCCUUUGGAGCAUUUUUGCAGGCAGUGUCAUGGAUUGCUAUAUUCCUCUCCCCUUCAAAUAUUUCAUUUUUUACGAUCACUCUGUAUCUCUUGCUUGGAAACUUGGGUGCUUCUGUAGUUGAGGUUGCCAAUGAUGCCAUGGUUGCAGAGUUAGGAAAACCACCUAGUUCAUCAUCCAAAAAUAGUCCAAAUUCUUCAUCAGGCCAGGUCCAGUCAUUUGUUUGGAUUGCCGCUUCUGUCGGUGGAGUUCUUGGUAACCUUGCAGGCGGUAUUGCCAUUGAUCGUUUUUCCUCUCAAGUGAUGUUCCUUAUGUUUGGCAUUCUUUUAAGUAUUCAAUUUCUGGUUACAAUUUUUAUUCAUGAGAGCUCCUUGGACCUUCCCAAGAGUCCAUCAGAUCGAGGAAUCAAAACGCAACUUUCAGAGCUUUUAGUUGCAUUGCGGAAACCGGAGAUCUAUUAUUCGAUUCUUUGGUUUGCAGCUUCUUAUGCAAUGAUUCCAGCACUAACAGGGACAAUGUUCUAUUACCAGACAGAACAUUUAGGUAUUGAAUCGUCAGUGUUGGGUAUAUCUAAAGUAUUUGGGCAGGCGGCAAUGCUGUUGUGGGGUAUAAUCUACAAUAAGAAUCUCAAAUCAAUGUCUCCUAGGAAGCUAAUCUCAGCAAUUCAGGCUACUAUGGCUGUUUUCAUGUUUUCGGAUUUCUUAUUCGUGAAAGGGGUAUACAGGAUGUUUGGUAUUCCUGACUCAUUGUAUGUGGUACUCUUCUCCGGAUUACUGGAGGUUCUCUACUUCUUUAAGAUCUUACCCUUCAAUGUUUUAAUGGCACAGCUCUGCCCACCGGGAUGUGAAGGAUCUGUCAUGGCAUUUCUCAUGUCUGCCUUAGCUAUGGCUGUUAUUAUAAGUGGUUAUCUUGGUGUCGUUCUGUCAUCGUUUGUCCAGGUGACAGCGAAUGACUUCUCUGGCUUAGGACAUGCCCUGUUAAUACAGGCAGCAUGUACACUCUUACCAAUUUAUUGUUCAUCAUGCAUACCUGAUGGUGUCAAGGCAAAAACCAAACCAAAAGAAGGUUGAUCAGCUGUAGCAGUGAGUGAUAGUCAAUUCAACUCAGCAGUAAGUAGUUCAAACUUAC